AUGGCCAUUAGGAUGGCAAUAAGAUAUCGUAAAGAAUUAUUAGAAAUGGAAUCACAAAAAAUUAAAGAACUCAAAGAAGACAUACUGAACAGUCUUUAUCACAUUUUGGGACAGCAUAACAAAUGUGCAGCUUAUUUCUGUAAAAGAAAAAAUAAUGAAGAAAAUCGUGUUCUAGAAGCAGAAAAAAGUGGUCUAAUGACAGAAAUGUUAAUGUUACCAAUAACGUGUGCGAGCAGUUUAAAAGUGUCGUGA